AUGGUCGAGCCUGCUGGGCCUGAGGUGCCGAUGGACUGCACGGCCCUGCUGUGCCGCAUGCCUGAUGCACAGGCACUGGUACCAGCGCCCCCCGGGCACCUGCAGUUUCUGCACCGCAUCUUGGACGAGAAAUCAGUGUCAGGCAGCGGCAUCGACAACGCGGGCGCCCAGCGUCCCAGGGCCCACGACGAGCUCGACAGCCCCCUGAGCCGCACGCCUAAUGACCUCGAGAGAGCUGGCGACGCAGAGCUGAUUCCACCGGACAACUUUGCGAUGGUCAACUCGUGGGUGUACCGGAGCAGCUUUCCCAAAAAGAAGCACUUUCCGUUCCUCAAGACGCUGGGGCUGCGCAGUGUCCUCACGCUGAUUCUCGAGGACUAUCCCGAGCAAAAUAUCCAAUUUCUCGACGAGAAUGGUAUCCGGUUCUUCCAGUACGGCAUUCCUGGCAACAAGGAGCCAUUUGUUCAGAUUCCUAGCGAGACGAUUGCCGCGGCGCUCAUCACCAUCCUGGACCGGCGGAACCACCCCAUGCUCAUCCACUGCAACAAAGGAAAGCACCGCACAGGCUGCCUCAUCGGAUGCCUGCGCAAGCUCCAGCAGUGGUCGCUCACGACGAUCUUUGACGAGUACCGGCGCUUCAGUUUUCCCAAGUCGCGCAGCAUGGACCAGGAAUUCAUUGAGCUCUUCGGCGAGAAUGCAGUGUGGUCGCAGAUUGAUCCGCGGUGGCUCCCAAGCUGGAGCGUGCUCGGGCGCCGUGAGACCCUUGCGUGCAUCCCCGAGCGCGCGGAUGGCAAGGAAGACGACGAGCCCGUGCGCGGCAUGUAA